GUUAACUCUGUUACGGUGGACGAGUUCAGAACUUCAGUUUUUUUACAAUGUACACUGUGCUCUCUUGUUUUGUUAGGAUCUGCAGGAGGUUCGUGGUAUGACCACAGUGGCGCAGCGGCUGACUAUCUUUGUCUGCCACCUGAUCCAGAAUGGCCUCAGACGACAGUUGUUCCUGACGAUUACGCGGCAAGGCUUUAUGGGGCAGAGUACGAAUCUCAUAAUUCACAUUCCCCUUUUUGGUCACAUUCUCGCGACGAAGACGUUCCUUGUGCGGUCUGUAGGUCUUCUUUUGCCUCUACACUGAUGAUACCUGCUAGGACAACAUGCUAUACCGGCUGGACAAAGGCGUAUGGCGGGUACCUGGCGGCAGGAGGCUAUCCUUAUAAAGGCGCUUCUGAGUACGCGUGUGUAGAUGAUCAUCCACAGCCUACAGGAGCACCUCAUUCAAACGAUAAUGGCAGAUUGUUUUUUGGAGUCAGAGCAUUUUGUGGAUCUUUGCAAUGCCCACCGUACCAAGAAAACAAAUAUGUUGCUUGUGUAGUAUGCUUGAAAUAAAAGUUUUUUGUCGGAUCAAUA